AUGGCAGCACGGCAUGUAAAGAUGCGAAAUUCUUUUUCCACGAUCAACAAACUGCGCGCUCCUAUUUUCUUUUGGGUCCUGGUGGCAGAGCGGGGUAAAGGCCCAUUUCGCCGCCUCGCGUCGCUGUCCUCGCCCGCACUGGCGCAUUACCACGCCGCUCUCGCACACCAAGCUUCUGGCCGCGUCGGCGCUGCCGUGCGCCACUUCCGUGCGGCGCUGGCGUUGCAGGCAGAUUUCCCGGCAGCGCUCUGCAGCCUCGCCAGAGCGCAGUCCUCCAUCUGCGAUUGGUCGAGCCGCGAGGCGACGCUCGUCUCGGUGCGAACCAGCCUCGUGCGCCAGCUCGACGAGGGUGCCUGCCCGGCGCUGCAGCCCUUUGACGCCUUUGCGGUGCCGCUCGAGCUGCCGCUUGUCCUUCGGCUCGCACAGGCGCACGCCGCGGCCGCCGAGGCCGGCUCCGCGAUGGGCCUUCUGCUCGGCGCCGUGGCCGCAGGCGCACCGACUGCCGCCCGUGCGCUGCGCCGUAGGCUCUUUGCCCUCCACGACCGCAGCCGCCUCGAGGUGUUUUGCUACUCGCUGCGCCAGAGCGACAGGUCUGCGCCUCGCGCCGCUGUCGAGUCUGCAGCAGAGCACUUCGUGGACGUCUCCUCGAGCGACAGCGCCGCGAUCGCGGCUCGGAUCGCGGCGGACGGCAUCCACGUCUGCGUCGACCUCAACGGCUUCACGAGCGGCGCGAGGACGGAGCUCUUCGCGCUUCGGCCCUCGCCUCUGCAGGUCGGGAUGCUCGGCUUCCCGGGCUCGUCGGGAGGCGCCUUCCUCGACUACCUCGCGACCGACGCCGUCGCCUCGCCGCCGCAGCUCGAGCGCCUCUACUCCCGAGGCGUUUGCUCGCUCCCGUCGCGACGUGGCAGUGACGCGUCACUGCCACGCGACAGGCAUCUCUACUCGGAGGCACUGCUCCGGCUGCCGCCCUCGUAUGGUCUGCCCCCUCUGGGUGUGGUGUUUUGCUGCUUCAGCCAGCUGUACAAGGUGGACCCGGCGACCUUUGCCGCGUGGCUCUCCAUCCUUCGCCGCGUGCCCGGCUCCGUGCUGUGGCUGCUCCGCUUCCCUCUAGAGGGGGAGGACCACCGGACCCCGGGUUGCCUCCCGAGGGGGUUCCGUUUUUCCGGAGUCGCGCCCAAGGCUGGGUAUGCGGAUCUCUUCCUCGACACCCCGCUCUGCAACGGCCACACCACCGCCGCCGACGCGCUCUGGGCGGGGAUGAUCGCCGACGGAGGGAUCGGCGAUUACGUCGAGCGGGCGGUCAGGCUCGGCACGCGCCGCGUCGAGCUGCUCGCUCUCCGCCGCAAGCUGUGGGCGCGCCGCCUCUCGGCGCCUCUCUUCGACACGCGCCUCUGGACGCGCACAUGGGAGCACGCGUUGCGCGCUGUGUGGUUGCGGCAUUGCGCAGGCGAGCCGCCGGCCAGCAUGGACGUGCGACUGGGCGAGCUCGAGGCGGAAGCUUCCCACUCCCCGCCAGACGGCACGCCCCCGGGCGUUCGUCCCCCAGACCGCGUCCUCUCCGCUGGUAGGCAGCCGAGCUUCGCCGGGAGAAUGCAGCGGACGCAUUGGUGA